AUGAUUCAAUCAAAUCAGCAGAUUCACCAACAGUCCCGCAAAUCCCGAUCCGACCAGCUCAAGAUCAGCCAGGUUCGAAUUUCCAUGAGGCGGGCAUCUUUUUUUGUCAAAUUCCAAAGAACGGAGCUACAAUUAUGCAAAUUAUUCUGUGCGAUCUUUUUCGAUAUUAUAAAGGGAUUCCAUUCAAAGUGGAAUAUGGACAGGGAAAGCAAUCGAGCAAUUGUCAAGCGGAAGGCUGGUACAAGAAGU